AUGGUGUAUGAGCCUACGCUUGAAAUCUAUCCCUUUUCAACCAAGCUGCUUCUGCUUGCAUCUGAAAACGAGAGCGAAAUGGAUUCGCAGAUCCGGACUAGUCCUAUUCUCCUUGCCCCGGGCCCAACUGAAGUUGACCCGAAAGUCCUCAGGGCCAUGUCGUCUUUUGCGGAAUCACAUUUUGCUCAGCCAUUUUGCAACACAUUUGGAGAUGUGUUGACAAUGCUCCGCAAACUUUUCCAGAGUGAAGAUCCAAAUGCCCAACCAUUUGUCAUUGGUGGUAGCGGUACCCUCGGCUGGGACUUUGUUGCAACGAAUUUCAUUGAACCUGGAGAGCCAGUUCUUUGUCUCAGUACUGGGUACUUCUCGGAUGCCUUUGAGAUGUGCCUCGCCACUUACGGAGCCCACACAAAGAGAAUGACGGUUCCAAUUGGAGGGGCACCAAACAUCGAAGAAGUUGAGAAAGAGUUGAGAAAGGUUCGAUACAAAGCUUUGGUUGUUACCCAUGUUGAUACUUCGACUGCGGUUUUGACGCCGUUGAAGCCUCUUUCGGAACUGCUGAGACGCGUUUCUCCCGAAACACUCUUCAUUGUCGAUGGCGUCGCUAGCGUUGCAUGCGAAGAGAUCCAGUUUGACUCCUGGGGUAUCGACAUCGUUGCCACGGGGUCACAGAAAGCCAUUGGCUGUCCUCCUGGGCUCAGUAUCAUCAUGGUCUCUCCGCGCGCUUUGGAAACUGCUAAAGCACGGAAAGCACCUGCACAUACUUGGUAUGCUAGCUUGUCGAGGUGGUUGCCGAUCAUGCAAAACUACGAGAAAAAGCAAUCGAGCUAUUUUGCAACACCUCCUACUCAGAUUGUUCAUGCUCUUCAUGCCUCACUGACAUCAAUUCUCUCACGUCCUCUUGAAGAGAGAUUUGAAAAACACCGGCAGAAGAGUGCCGAUGUCAAAGCAAUAGUCAAAGAAUUGGGCUUGACACAAUUAACGAGAGAGCCGGAGUACCAAGCCAAUGGGCUUACUGCAUUCUGGCUCCCUGAAGGUCUGUCCUCGAAGGAACUGUUGUCAAGAGUCACUGAGAAAGGCUUUACCAUAGUUGGGGGCAUGCACAAGGAGGUCGGUCAUCAAUACGUAAGAGUUGGACAUAUGGGAUACAGCGUUGUGGGCGAGCCGGAGAGACAUAUUGAUGGUGGUUUGAGGGCUCUGAAAGAAGCAAUCACGGAAUACUAUGCCAGCAAGAGCAAGCACUUUGUCCCUCGAGAGAACCAGGAGGCCUCGGGCCUAGCAAGAGCAAGCUUGUAA